UAAACAGAAUACCACAAACAGCAGGUAUUCCUUUAGAAAUAAACAGGGAUACUUCUAAAACUACAUAUUCUUAACUCUGCAACAGUUAGACAGAGGGGCUUACAGUUAGACCCCCAACAGUCAGCAGAAGAAGUCAUAAAAAAGAACCAUCCUUAUCAAGAGCAUCCCAACUGUAGUUCCAUAGUUUUUCAACCUUUUUCAUUACAAACAGUUUCCUUUAUCUUAUCUUAUCAUGUCAGAGGUCAACUGAAACCAUGGCCAACCCCGGGGGGUAAUGACACCUCCUAGCGGUCUGGUCUAACCCUUAUACAUAUAAAGUAUCUUUCAUCAUUUGGAACAUCAGCAGAGUGACCUAAGGAACACAGACACCUCUAACUAAGGAGUGCAGGAUGACGUCGGCAUCAACCAUGACGAACAGCCAGAACAUCGUCCAAGCCACAGCCGCUCUAGAGCGAGACAUGCAAGCGUGGGACCUCUCAGACUCGCCAGACUUCCCACCUCCACCAGCGUUGCUAAUCCAGACUCCACCACCUCCUCCCCCUUCUCCACAGAUGCUGCAGGAUCCUACAGGAUCAGGUCUGUGUGAGGAAACCGUUAUCGACAUCAAGCUUGCAACCCAUCACUUGGUGAUGUUGGCAUUAAACGCCUUUCUACAGGAAACAUGCUACGGAUGUCGAACAGCGCAUCCCAGUCAGGUGCAACACAGCUGUUUGCUCGAACUGCCCGAGUAUUACUUUGACAUCUACUACAACGAUGUGAUGCUGAGGCUCAAGACAUUCCGAUUCAUCCCCGCCAUACGCCUGUUUGUACGCGCAUACACAAACGAUGGGACUAAAACACAAUUCAGCAGGAUUGCAGAACACAUCAUGACUGAACUGAGAUCAUCACAACAUAUAGUAUGUGCAAUUAACGACAAUAUUGCACAGCUGCUAGAAGCAAGUCGUUAUGCCCGUCGUGUUAAACCAGCCAUGCUUCGCAUGAUUGGUAACUACUGGGUUGGGAGACACCUGGUUUAA